AUGUUUAGAGACUUAUAUGGCACUGACUGGGAUACAGAGAAUACGCUCAGCAGCCGUGACAUUCAUCGCGCUCACCCAUCGCUGACGGACCUCAGUGUGUCUGAUGCGGCUGCAGCCACCGCUGCAUUCAUACAGUCGUGGCUCUACUUUGGCCUCCUCGAAGCCAUCUGUGGCAGAGCAAUAUCCGUUUCGUACUUGACCAGACCCGAUACUGACAGCCGGAACUGGAUGUACAGUCGGAAUCUGGGGGUAUUGCUUGCAGCUUGGAGGCGGGCGCUAGAUGCAGUCGACGAUGAAGUCCGGGAAGCCAUCCUUCACGAAGCACGCGAUUGUGCCACCUUGGCAAGCACCAUUCUGCACGAAAUCCUCAAGGAAUCCACCAAAUCCGACUUUCGGGAGCUUCGGACCCUGAUUCUGGAGGUCGAGCCUUGCCUUUCUGCUCUCCAUGAGGCCAUUGUUGCUUUUGUGGAGAGAGAGUUGCGCAUGGAAGUCAGGUCGUUCGGGAGCAUCGAAGCAGAACCGUUCGAGGCCCCACGGUCGUAUUCAGAAAGCCUUGUCGCGAAAGGAUGGUGCCGAUUUGUCGUCGCUAGCGCGGAGGUCGCAAUGUCACCAUCCCUUCUGCGUUGCGUAGCCGCAGCUAACUUCGAGGAGAGCGCGGGAGGACAUGAACACUGUACAGCAGAACAGUGCAGAAGAAACCAUGUCGAGCUCUCGACAUAUAAACCUCUACACAUUGCUCCGGACUGCCAGUGUGCCUUUGUUAAGCCGUCAAUCAGAUCCAUCCGGGCCAUCCUGGACGCGAGACAAAUCCCCGUUGUGCAGCUCAGCCAGAACAGCGGCACUCUCGAGGUGGGUGCUGUUGAUCUCGACGAUCCACGUGCCGACUACAUUGCCUUCUCUCACGUAUGGGCUGAUGGCCUGGGCAGCAGCACUGAAGCCGGCCUUCCUCGUUGCCAGCUCUUGCGAUUGGACGACUUGGCUGGCCAACGACUGAGCUUCGGUAGAUGGUUCUGGAUUGACGGCCUUCUCGUCCCUCAUAAGGAACCGUAUCGCGGAAAGGCUAUUGAAAUGAUGAAAGAGACAUAUCGGAAUGCCACGGGAGUCAUAGUGCUGGACAGUAGCCUCCGCUCCCACUCCGUAUCAGCAUCGCCACUCGAACUUGGCUGGGCAGUCUUUGCCUCUGGGUGGUUCGGGCGACUUUGGACGUAUCAGGAGGGGUUCCUCCCACCCUGGCUCGACAUGGAAUUACAGGACGGAUUGCUGGAUUUGUACGUGCUGAUUCAACGACUGUACAAAUCCUACUUCGACCACUCGGCCAGUCCAUUUCCCAACGUGUUCCUCCGCGAUCUUCUGGCUAUCCUCCAAAAGGCGCGGCCUCUGGAUCGCGCGGCGCGAGCACGGUUCGAUUCACGGCCAAAGGUCAGGCGCAUCGUGGAUGUCUUCAACGCAUUGACCAGGAGGAGGACCAGUCGUGCUAACGAUCAGCUUCUCAUCAUGGGUCUGCUGCUCGACAUUGACGUUCGUGGACUCAUGAAAGAAGAGGGUGCCCGUAGAUGGACUCACUUCUACCUCAGUCUCGGAGAGAUCCCCUGGACGGUCGUGUUCGAUCGUCGGCCGAAGAUGGAGAAUUGCCCGUUCCGAUGGGCUCCUGCUAGUUGGAUCAGCCCCGGGCGAGACGUCUGGCUCCAUUACGACGAUGCACUAGGUACGAUCUCUGACCAAGGCUUGAGCGUCCGGCUCAGCGUCUUGUCUCUAGAGCGAGCCCGCCACACCAACGUAUCUGCGCUUUUCCUGGAAGUGCACGAUUUUCGGUAUGAGCUGAGUCGAUCGAGCCCAAGUCCAUCUUCGAAACUGGACAGGUUCAACACAGUGUUUGUGCGUUACUUCAUGCACGAAUCGCCACAGGAGAGCCUCAGGAAGAACAACAGCCUGUUGCUGGACGUUGGGCUGGGGUUGUCACAAGACUCGGAUGACCCCCCGCUACAGCACGACUUUUCCCCUGGUUGGCAGAUUCACCUUAUGACGGAACAAAGAGACGACAGUAUGGCGCCUAUCGAGACCGUCCAAGCAGAAUGGAUCGAGAAAGAUUUUUGCUUUACAUAG